AUGUUCUAACAACAUAUUAAUACUAUUUAAACGUGUCGUUCUAAUUCAUCCAUUAACUAUAUUCCUUAAAGAUUGGCACGUGUUGCUACUCCUUCAGGUUUUAACAAUAAUAGUGCUUUUAAAAAAAUCUAAAAAUUUCACAAAUAAAUAGAGUUUUAUAAACAAAAAGAGAUUUAUAAAAAAAAAUAUUAUUGUUUCCAAAUGAAAUCACACAUUCAGUAACUAGAGGAAAGUAAAUCCUACAUUUAAAAUAGAUAUGAAUAAAAACAAUCCUUCCAAUCAAUUUAACAAUAAAUUAAAGAUCUAACUUAAUAUGUUCAAAAUUUUUUAGGAUCAUUUAAGUACUAUAUUAGAUUUAAGAUUUAGUUAAAGGAUUACAGAAAUUGAAAAUCUCAGAAAAUCACAUUACAAUGAUCACACAGGUUUAGAAAAGCAAAUUAUCUUUACUAAGAGAGAACACAUAAUUAAUGAGUAGUCUAACUGUUUCUAAUACUUGUUAGGAUAUUUAAACCAAAAAAGAAUAAUUUACAAAGCAUAUCUAAAUGUAAUACCAAAUGAAAUAGCUUGGAAACAAAGAUUUAUAAAAUUGAAUAAAGAAUACGUUGAAUUGCAAGAAAAAUAUACGCUUCUAUCAGCAGAAUUAGAAAACAAUAGAAUUAACUUUGGGUCUCCAAGUUUCGAAUGCUUUGAGGCAAUUAUAAGAUAAUGA